AAAUUUAUCCAAUUUAUGAGGAUAAAUUCAAACAUGGCACCGAAUAUUAUAAGUAGCCCUAUUGGAAUUCUAUUUAAAGGAGAAAAGAUAGAUGAUCAACCAGUCGAAAUAAGCAAGGAAAAAGAAAUAUAUAAAAGGAAUAUAAUUUGGAGAAAUGUUGCGAUAUUUAGCGGUUUACAUAUCGGUGCUGUUUACGGUGCCUAUCUUGCACUCACAUCUGCUAAAUUGUUAACAACGCUUUUCAGUAUCUUACUUAGCAUGUGGUCGGGUAUUGGUAUCACAGCAGGAGCUCAUAGAUUAUGGGCGCAUAGAUCCUACAAAGCAAAAUGGCAACUUCGAUUAAUUCUUAUUAUAUUCAACACUAUAGCUUUUCAGGAUGCGGCUAUCGAUUGGGCAAGGGACCACAGGGUUCAUCAUAAAUAUAGCGAAACUGAUGCGGAUCCACAUAAUGCAAAAAGAGGAUUUUUCUUCUCUCACGUAGGUUGGUUGCUACUCAGAAAACAUCCGGAUGUUAAACAGAAGGGUAAAGGAAUCGACAUGAGCGAUCUUAAAAGUGAUCCCAUUAUCGCCUUUCAGAAAAAGUACUACUUCAUUCUGAUGCCUUUGAUGUGCUUCAUUCUGCCAAGCUUAAUACCUAUGUACUGUUGGAAUGAAACCUUCCUCAACUCUUAUUUCAUUCCCGUAGUAUUUCGUUACGUCUUCACCUUAAAUACGACGUGGCUAGUGAAUUCCGCUGCUCAUCUUUUUGGCAAUAAACCUUACGACAAAUACAUCAAUCCUUCAGAAAAUAAAGGAGUAGCAAUGAUGUCAUUGGGCGAAGGCUGGCAUAAUUAUCAUCACGUAUUUCCAUGGGAUUACAAAACUAGCGAAUUGGGUAAUUACAGGUAUAAUAUCACAACCGCGUUCAUCGACUUCUUUGCGAAAAUAGGUUGGGCCUAUGACCUAAAAAGUGUCUCGAAAGAUACGAUAAAAUCACGAGUACUCAAAAGUGGUGAUGGUACUCAUGAUGUUUGGGGUUGGGGCGACAAGGAUCAAACACAAGAAGAGAAACAACAUGCUGUAGUCACGUAUACUUCGACGAAGGAUCAAUAACUGUUCUCUCUCUUGUUAUCCUCUUCGCUCUUAUUUGUUUUUCCUCUUUCGAGAAUAUCCUUACAUUCACUUGACAAAACUAAGUAAUUCACGAUCAUGAAUCUAUUAUUUUCUAUAAAACUAUCUUUGCGUUACGAUUUCUCCCCUCUCCCCUUCCUCAUCUUUUCUUAUUCACGAUAAUACCCUUGACAUAAUUUCACAACAAUAUAAUUUAUAGAUAGAAUAAUCUAUCGAAUAGACUAUUAAAAUGUCUUUCAAACCUCAAAGGUUGAAUGUAAUAAGAAUUAAUCGGAGUUUACCAUUUUGCUUUAUGAAUUGUUUAUUUAUAAUCUGCGCCCUCCUACUGUGAUACCAAUACCUGAGCACUGGUCAAUUAAAAAAGCUGAAAAAACAAAUAAUAAUAUAUGUGUUUUUUUAUUUCGUUGAAAUUUCAAAAUGGAUUAAAGUCUUAUUAUGAAAUCGUGAAAAAAUACGUACUGAUUCGCUUUUAAUUUGAUGGGUAUUAUAUAUAAUAUCAAAAAUAAUCUAAAGGAACGUUAGGACAAAUGGGGAAGAGAGAGAGAGAAAGAGAGAGAGAGAGAGAGAGAGAGAGAGAAAGAGAGAGAGAGAUAAAGUUUGUGCAUGUGUGCAUACUUAUCAAAAUGCGAUGUUAACGAUUUAGUCGGAGAUAAGAGCCGUAAACAGUAUCAAUGUGUAGACCAUUACAUAUCGCGACAUUUCUCCAAACAAUACGUCUCUUAUAUAUUUCUUUUUCCUUGGAGAAAAGAACUCCUAUUAGGCUACUUGUAAUAAUUGGUGCCAUGAUCGGUAUAUAAUAGAAUGAUAUAUAAUUGAAAAAUAAGUACUUUUAAUUUCAAAAUAUAUGAAACACUUACAUGUAAUAUUUUUCCAUUAUAUUUCUUUUAAGCAAAUAUUUUAAACAUAUUAAAAUAAGAAUACAAUUUAUUGAGAGCCAAAAGAAUUUAAUACUCAAUGUCGGAAAAAAUUAAAUUUAAGUGUUUGUAGUUAUUCUUAAAAGUAAAGAAAUUCUUAUUUGUUUUGUAAUUUAAAAUAUUAUUUUUAUUUCCACAAAGUCCAUUGUACAAGGCUUAUUAUUACUGGAUACAUUAGAAGUAUUUUAAGUAUAUUUAAUAACAACAAUAAAAAAAAUUAAUCGUUGUUUUAUAGAUUUCCAAUCGAUGACAAUUCAAUCUUCUAUGUAAUCAAAUUUUAUUGAUUCAAUUAUCAUUAUCUUCUUUCUUGAAAUUGGAAAAAUUCGAAAUUUGGGAAAUAAAAUAAAGGUUUUAAUGAUAAUUAAAAUUUGGCGUAAUUUCGAGAUCGUAAAAUUAUUUAAUAUCACGUUGACGGAUGAUAUGAGAAACGUUAUUCAGAAAUUUGAAAGUAAAAACAUCCUAUUGACAGAGGCGAUGACUGUAUUACAAAAGCAAAGCGAAGGCGAAAAAAACCUAUGUUUUAUACAUUAAUAUAAAGAGGUAUUUGUAUUUUAUAUAUUUAUACGAUUUAGACGAAUUAAAUAUUACUUACAUAAGAAAACUUUUUUAAAGAAUAAUUAAUUAUCGACGUUUAUAGUAAUCAAUUUUGUUCUAAACAGAAAAAUAUCAUUGUUAAUUUUAUUAUUCGGAUAUAUACAUAUACAUAAAUGUAUUUAAUAAAAAAUAUUUUUUAUUCUUAAAUAUUUAUUUUCCUUUUAUUAAAUUUUUUAAAAUUAUUACAAAUUACAUCAAUAUACUUGAAAAUAAAUUUGUAUUGUAUAGGAGAUUUAAUUCUACACCCCAACAAAUUUUAUAAUAUAACAUACCACCAUCUACAAGAUUUCUUUACAGGAAUUUUGUAGUUCUUAAAUAUCUGGGAGCACAAAACUUAUCAUCAUAGUAGCGCCCAUAAAGAGCAAAGAAUUAAAAAAUGAUGCUGUUUCAAUCACCCUUUGAAAUUAUCGGUCGAUAAAGUGUUAUGUUCCUUGUAUCUAUACUUAUGAGAAUCAAUGAUAUGUUUAAUCUAUGAUUACGCAGAUCAAUGGCAACGGUAACAAAAGAUUAUUUCUUAUUUUUAUUAUUCUGAAUCUAUGCUCGGAUUAGUCAACGAUAUCUUUAUAUCUUCUGUCUUAUUAUCUGUUUAUAUAAGUUCAACUAGAUUUAUUUAUUUUUAUAGUUUGAUAAAAAGAGGAACAUGAACGUUAUUAAGGAAAAAAUGAACAAAUUUUCUGUUCAAAUUCUAUAUACUUUCAUUUAAUAUUAUUACUAUUAUUAAUGGUUGGUAUUUUUGAUACUUUAUCACAAUUUCGAUUAAAUAACGAUAGUUUAUUCAAAUUACUCGAUACGUGUUUAAUUUUCUUAUGACUAACAUUAUUUUUCGACUUGACAUGACAUAAAAAUACCGAAAUAUUUGUGUAUAAUAAUUUAAAUUUAUUGCGCGCGCGAUUAGUACUAAAUUUAUAUUAAUAUAUGGAAAACAUAUACUGUUGACAUAACGUUGUUCCUGAGCGAGAUUCAGAGUUUAUAAGGAACGCCUGGAAUAAUAAUAUACCAGAUACAAAUAAAAAUUAUAUACUGCGCAAUGUUUCGCCUAUUUAUUCACUCUUAAUGCUUAAAAUUAACGUAGUUGAGAAAUGUAUCAAAAAUUGCAGAGAUUACGGAAUUAAUCAUGCAGUAAGAUAAUAGUAAAACUACAUUUUUCGAUCAUAAAAUAGUUUAUCCUUUUGUUAUUAUCUUUGUUCUUAUUUCAACACUUGUUACAGUUUUAUCAAAUUGUACUGCAUUUAUUUCUUUAUCAAAACGAAUAAUUUUAUUGAGAGAGCAUUUUUUUAAAUUUUACUUUAUAUGAAACGUUUACAUAUAAUAUUUUUUCCCUUAAAUCUUCUUUAAGCAAAUAUUUUGAACAUAUUAAUAUAAGAAUAAUGAAAGCUAACAAAAUUUAAUUCGUAAAUUUGCUGAAAAUUAAACUUAAAAAGUUUAUAGCAAUUUUUAUUGACAAUCAAUAUCUUAGUUGUUCUGUAAUAUUUUCCUUAAUAAAAUUUAAUAAAACUAAUAAACCGUUUAUUAGUAUGCAAGAUAUUUCAAAAAUAUUACGAACAAACGAAAUGGUCUUACCGCAUUACUUGAUUAUUUUCCGAGUACUCUGAAUAAAAAGAAUCUUAACUAAAUAAAUUAUGUAUAUAUUAAUAUUGUGUAUAUUAUGUAUAUAUUAAUAUAUAUAUAAUUGUGUAUAUAUUAAUAUAUACACAAACACGCGUUUCUGUGCGUCGGACGUUAAUAAAUUUUUUACAUUUAUUAUAUAUCCUUUUUUCAUACGUUCAAACGUACUUUAUAAUUUUCUUUUUCAAAUAUCAAAUAAUUUUUAAUAACAAUAGAUUCACGACGAAUAUUCACACAAUAUAAGUAAAUUAAUCGUUAGUCGGAUUUAAUGAUUAACCAUUACAACUCAUCACCGUGGUUUAAUUAAUAUUUCUUUUUUGCUUCAUUUAUUUUUAUUGUUUUAUUAUUAUAAUUACUGAAAAAAAUGAGCACAGUGAUACGAGAAUUAUUUUACAAAAUAAUUCAUCGAUGACUGAAACACGCACAAAAACAAACUACUUUUGCAAUUACAUUGUAACUUGUAGAAAUAUUCUCUUAUAAUCAUCGUUUUGAUUAAGUUUCCAGUAGUAAUAACAUUAAAACAGUUGCCCAAAAUUGGUAUUAAUAAAUGUAUUAAAUUUAAAUAUUGAUAGUGUAUAUAUAUAUAUACACUAAGUAUGCAUAUAUAUAUAUAUAUAUAUAUAUAUAUAUAUAUAUGCAUACUUCCUCUUUUUCCCCUACAUAAAAGCUACUGUACGCAAUAAUAAUAAGAAAACGAAGAAACCAUAUCGCUAAUUUACUAACAAGAACAAAAACAUGAAAUAUAACUUAAGUAGUUCCCAGAAUGAAAAUGCUGACUUUUCUUUGCGUUACUUACUUUGAAAGGCAUCUGUGAAAUUCUGAAUGUUAUAUUAAAGCGAUCAUGCCCAUUUUACAUUGACGUAUUUAUUAGAAUCGUAUCGGUAAUGAGAAUAGUCGUAUCAAAAUCUUUGAAACUUGUUGGAUAUAAUUUUUCAAAGUCGAGACUUUCGUUGCGCAACAACGGAUUUUUUUAUCUUUCCGUUGGUGAAUUAUACGCACUACUGGAAUUCAAUUUAAUACACAGGUACAAAGAUCACCCACUCAGUAAUAAAAAUUAUAAUUUAUCACAUACCAUUCAAGUUAUGUAAUUUAAAGAGGAACGUAAAUGUAUGUAAAAAGAAGAGGAGAACAAGGGAAAUCAUAAAAUAAA